AUGGCCGAGGAACAGAAGCCCGUCGAGGUCCCCAAGGAGGAGCCUGUUGCUGAUCCUACCGUUGCUACCGUCGCUGCCCCCGUCGAGGAGCCCCCCAAGGAGGAGAGCACUGCUCCCGCCACUGAGGCUGCCGCCACCACCGCUGACGAGCCUGCCGCUGCUACCGAGGCUGCCCCUGCUGAGGAGGCCAAGAAGGAGGAGCCCACUCCUGUCGAGGAUGGCCACCUUGAGCACAAGGGAUCCAACUUUCCCAAGAACUUCAUCUACUCCAAGAAGUACUUCUGGUUCGGUGCUGAUGCCAUCGACCCCAAGUCCGUCCCCGCCCUCCUGAAGGACCACGCUCUUGCUGCCUGGGCUUCCCAGACUGGCCAGGGUCUCCUGUUCUUCAGCGAGAAGUCUGCCGACAAGUCUGCCCCCCAUGGUGCUAUCCCUCUUGCUGAGGCUGCUGAGCCCGUCUCUGAGGGCUCCAACAAGUUCCACUUCACCGCCAAGGGCCACAAGCACACGUUCAAGGCUCCCACCGCCGCCGAGCGUGACAACUGGGUUGCUCAGCUGAAGACCAAGAUCACCGAGGCCAAGGAGCUUGCCACCACUGUGACUGAGUCUGAGACCUACAAGACCACCCUGGCAUCUUUCAAGCCUGCUCCUCCUGCCCCCAAGAAGAGUGAGGAGGCUCCGGCGCCUCCCCCCGCCACCGAGGCUGCUGCCGUUGCCCCUGUUGAGGAGACGCCCAAGGAGCCUGAGGCCCCUGUUGAGGCUGCUAAGGAGGAGCCAAAGAAGGAGGAGGAGCCCAAGCGCCGCUCUGCAAGCCGCAAGCGAGGUUCCAUCUUCGGCAACCUCCUGGGCAAGAAGGAGGAGAAGAAGGAAGAGAAGAAGGAAGCCGAGGCCCCCGUUGCCGAGACCCCCGCCGAGGGUGAAGCUUCUGUUGAUGCUGCCCCUGCUGCUGAGGAGACUCCUAAGGAGCCUGAGGUCCCAGCUGCCCCUGUCGAGGCUGAGGCCGCCGCCCCUGCUACCGAGGAGGCACCCAAGGUUGAGGAGGCCAAGCCGGUUGAGAAGCCUGCGCCCUCCAAGCGCAACAGCAUCUUCGGCAACCUGUCUUUCGGCAAGAAGAAGCACGAGGAGCCUGCCCCCAAGGCUAAGGAGGCUGAGGAGCCCGUUGCUGAGACCGCUCCCGUUAUUCCGGCUCCCGAGCCCGCGGGUGACCUGAGCGCCGAAGUGUCCAGCCCCGCCACUGUUCCGACCGAGACCGUCGAGGUCCCACCCGCCACCAACGGCGAGACCAAGAAGGAGGUCAAGUCUGACAAGAGGAAGUCAUCUCUGCCUGCCAUCUUUGGCAAGAAGGCCGCCGCUGCUCCGGCUGAGGAGGGUGAGGCCAGCGAGCCCAAGCCCAAGUCUCCUUCGCCCUUCAGCAAGUUCCGUGCUACCAUCAAGGGCAAGGCCAAGACCGAGAAGCCCGCUGAGAAGACUGAGGAGAAGCCCGCUGAGGCCACCGAGGAGCCCGAGGCCAAGAAGGAGGAGCCUGAGGUCCCUGCUGCUCCCGCUGCCGCCCCCAUUGAGGAGGAGAGCAAGCCUGCCGACACCCCUCUGCAGAGCACUCCUGCCGUUACCGCUGCUGCUUAA